UCAAGGAGACAAACCUCAACUGAUGAAUUGGGAGAAUUAUGGUCUAAGGAUUGGAGUACAAGAAGAUAGCCUGUCCUGCACUGAUACUGUAGAAGCAGCAGUGGUCGCUCUUGUAGGAGGACAGUUCCAGUUUCCUCCUAAUACUGUCCUAGUCAGUGCUGUGUAUGCAGUAUCACUCUCAAAGCCUCUCCUCAAACGACUCAAAUUAGAAGUACAGCACUGUGUUGAUUUAACAGGACGGCCAGCUCUUAGUCGUCAUCUCAAGUUUGCCAUAGCUCCUAUGAGCACACCCAGUCUUCCUUACCAGUUCUCAAUAGUUGAGGGAGGAGAGUUUAAACCUGAUAGUUGGUAUGGAUCUAUUCAACGUAAAGAGUUCUGUUUGGUGGCUAUUGUUGGGGAGAAACAUCUACUCAAAUCAUCAACUAAUGGAGACGAGUCAGAGGAUGAGGAGGAGGAGGAGCUAGAGGAACAAGCAGAAGAGGAAACUGACAAGGAAGUGGAAGAUGGUAAUAGUGAUUCAUCCAGUGAUUCUGAUGAGACAAAAGAUCCACAAGGAGGUAGCAGUGGAGGACAAGGAGAGUCUACUAGUAAUGAGGGAGUAGAGGAAGAGGGGGAGACUGGAGGUCAGCCAUUGCAUGAUGAAGGAACUGAAGAGCAAGAUAAUGAAAGAGUAGAAGAGUCAAAGGAUCAUGAAGAACCACAGCAUGAAGAAGCAAAUGCUCCAAUACCUUGUACUGAGACUAGUUCAGAAUUUAAUAGUAAAAUGGUUCUUUCCACUGGCAUAGUAGAGAAUAUGACAUAUGCUGGACAGGUUUAUUAUGAGGAGAAAUGAGCUAAAGAAUUGGUGACCUUCACUGCAGCUAAGAAAUUGAGUGCUCUCAUUGAGUUCAUUGAGAAAAAACACGUACAAGCUGAGAUUGAUCAACAUGUUUAUUUUUCCUAUGAUCCUUCCUAUUCAUAUAUUGAAUUAAAGUUUGAUGCACCUCAAGAUGAGCCAUUCAUUGGUUGGAGUAUUAAGCCUCACCUUAAGCCUUGUAGAUUGCGUCGUUGUGAUGUUGAUAAUUUUGGUGAUGCUAAUUAUUCUGUUCCUCCAUCUUGUUUGAUAUUAAUAUAUGGAUCGCCUGGUGCUGCACCAUCACUACAUUACUCUGUACCACUAGUGGGUGUUAUUGACCCAGUUACAUUGCUCAUUCAUUGUUCAUUCAGAACUACUCCUUCAACAAUACAUGAAUCAGCGUCAGUAUCAUCCACUGGAGGAGCUAGUCCAUCAGCUACCGUUGAUGUCAAUAAAUUAAAGAAAGUGAUCAAUGAUGUUCUUGUAUCUCAUUAUGCUGAUCUUACUUCACUACCAAUGGAAGCUGUCCCUGAUCUUGCAAAUAAGUUGUUUACUCUUCGUUUGGUCAAUAAUGCUGUCAGAGGGAAUCCUUCAAUAGAGAAAUGCAUCAAUGAGUUCAAGGCUGGUCUUACGUUUCAGCAGAAGUUACCUCAAGUGCAGGAGCACUGUCAAAAGUUUUUAAGCUCAUUCAUUGCAGUUAGUGGCAGUUUUGCUUAUGCAGCAUCAGCCUUGCACCAGGACUGGAUUGAAGCUGUUAGAAAUGAACUUGGGUUUGAUUUUAAUAUCGAUAUUGAUGCU